AUGUCACACUCCCACAAUGGAGAAGAAAAAGCACCGCGUGUGGUUGACGAACAAACUGAAUCGCAGCAUACAUUAAUACCGAGAAGAAUCGGCAGCCCUCCUAAACCAGCCGCCUCUCCUAACACGCGCGCCCAAGAUAUACCGAUACUACGCUACAGACACCGUGCGCUUGGGAUCAUCGCAUUCUACAUUCCCAUACUUGUUGUGCCAUGGGUACUAACAUGCAUACUCGCCUAUCACCCGGUGGGCCUGCCAUCGUACAUCCAAACUGAAUUCACAGAAAGCAACAUCUCAACACAGCAACGCAUUAUAAAUGCCCUCGCAGUACUCAACUCUUUCGCCAGCAUCGUCACUAUCCCCCUCAUCUCGGCAUUGAUUGCUCAAGCUGCAGUCGUUUAUACGCAAAGGCGGCGGAAGAACCAAACGGUCAGUGUAUCCCAGAUUUUUGCGCUAGCAGACCGCGGAUGGUCGAAUAUCAACAUUCUCUGCGAAGCCUGGCCACCAUGGAGGAGUAAUAGGACAGCAAAUGCAGAUCAAUCCAGACGGAGUGGGCCUGGCAGUGGGUUCCUAUGGCUCGCUGCGUUGUUCCUUUUGAUCUGUGGUAUCCAGCAGCCUAUCCGAGAGGGCUUCGUAUCUAUAGGGCAAGUCUUGGUCAUGACCACCGAAGACAACCCUGUGGGUUCGCAGAACGGGCCCUUUCGCGGAGGAAGAUAUACACUCUUAGGGGUAGACCCAGAGCCAGACGACAUGUCCACCAUACCUGAAGGCGUAGUUGUCCAACAACUCGAGAAUUCACUGGCUUCUCUCUCCUUCAGUGAGGUUCCUACGAAUCUUUGGCCGGAUCUACAAGAUGCGGCUCCAUUUGAACUGCGGGAUGUGCCUCAGUUGAAGCAACUGGGACCUUGGGCACAGCCGGGUCUGGGUUUCUUCGUCGCUACUUUUCCCAACGGAACAAUGACUGGUAUUCUCCGACACCGCGCAAUGCGAUUCAACUCGACGGUCCAAUGUACUGAAAUCGAGCAAUCUUCUUAUCCCGUAACUUGCACGGGCGGAAAUCCCUUUACCUCUGGUUUCACUUCAUCCGGUCAAUUUGGAGCGAAUAUCUGCGUUCCAGGUCAGCGUGGAAAGUUUCCAUGGCAGCUUUCUCGCAACAGGCAGGACACUGUUGAAGAUAUUUUUGUGGAUGUCAAUACAACGGAUAAGAAUGAUGCACCGGUAAGCUACACGCAACAUUGCACUGUCAAGACUACGCGAGGCUAUUUCGAGCUCGGCAACUAUCGCAACAACUACAUAUAUGGUCCCUUAUUGGAGCGUUGGGACGAGCCAGACCCAUUUGCAGAUAGGGCACAGUACAACGACUACCUUUCGGAUCUUUGGAGAGACGGCAACAGGAUGGAAGUAGAUAAAAAUGGGAAUGUGUUGAGUAGUUUCCAGGGACGAUGGCGCCGUCCGUCAAAAGAGGAUAGAUUGACGGAUAUCCCGGGAUGGUAA